ACACUGAUCAUUGAUUCUACAAUUUUUAGCCUCACUGGUGGUGGAGAAAAAAAGGCAAUGAAUUCGAAAAUGUUCUUCUUGAUACCUUUUCUGACAAUUAUGGGAUAUUUUGCCCAAGAAAGUGAGCAAAUGGAACCGUCACUUUCGCGGAAAACGCAUCAAAAGUUUUCAUCUAAAACUCGUUAUGACCAGAGGCGGAACAUCUCUUUUAAUGCGCCGGUUAAUUGUGAACCUCUUCACAUUAGCAUGGUACUGAGACAUGGCUCCCGGUACCCUAGCCGAAAUGAUGUCAAGAAAAUAGACAAGAUGCUGAAUGUGGUUCACGAUGCCUUGUUAAAAUCCGGAAUUGAAAGCACUCAGAUUGGAGAACUUCGUUUGCCUUGGAAAAACCCAUUUUCACCCUCAAACGAUAAAUUACUGACUUCUGUUGGAGAAGAGGAGAUGUAUAACAUCGCGAAGAGGACAUUGAGACGUUUUCCUAGUUUGCUAUCCCAUCCUUACGCACCACAAAGCUUUGAGUUUAUCAGCACUGGAACAACUCGGGCUGCCCAAAGUGCAAUGGCUUUUUCCUUUGGUUUGUUUGAAGGUCGAGGUCAUCUCGCAGCCAAUCGCUUCCAGCCAGUAGCAAUCCUGUCCAAGGCAGUGGACAAUGACCCUCUUCUGCGAUUUUUUGAUCUUUGCCAAAAGUAUUUAAGAAGGGUUGCAGAAAACAAAACUGCUCAGUAUGAAUAUAAAAAUUUUAAACAUGGUGAGGAAAUGAGAAGUGUUCUCGAAAAAGUUUCUAGCAAGCUGAAGAUAGGUCAUGGUGUUCUUUCUGAAGAGUAUGUAGUUGGCAUGUACACAGCCUGCAUCUUUGAAGUUGCAAUUUAUGAGAGAGAAAACACUUGGUGUGAAAUCUUUGAUGAAGAAGAUUUAGUAGUUCUGGAUUACUUGUCAGACUUGAAGCAGUAUUGGAAAAGGGGCUAUGGAUACCCAAUAACUUAUAAAAGUAGCUGUCCUCUUCUGGAAAGGAUAAUUACAUCUUUGAAAAAUGCAACAGAACCAUUGCAAGAGGAUCAAGUAUAUGGCAGUUUUAUGUUUGCUCAUGGAGAGACUCUUCAGCCACUUUAUUCAUUGCUUGGUUUAUUCAAGGACAAAGAGGAUUUAAGAGCGGAUAAUUUUGCCAAGUUUCGUCAACGCAACUACAAGACUAGCUACAUUGCACCUUUUGGAGCCAACAUUGCGUUUGUUGUGUAUAAAUGCAACUCAAAAGACACUGCUUCAGAGCAAGCAGAACAUUUUAGGUCUCACUUGGAUUCAUUUAUGGUUCAAGUGUUUGUCAAUGAGGAGUUAACUGCUGUGCCUUGCUGUGGCAAACAAACAGAAUGUCCUCUGGAAACAUUUUUGCAGUGUUUUAAUAAGGAACCUUGUGAUCUAUCAGCUUUAUGCAGUUGUGAAAGUGGUACUUCUAAACUACACACGGAACUAUAA